GUGAGCAGAGAGGUGCGCUCCUUCUGGGGGGACUAUGUCGAGUCUGGCCAAGGCUUUCUCACACUGAUCAGCGAUCACAGAGCUCAUUUCUUCUCGGCAAAAAAAACGGAAUGUUAUCACUAGCUCUCUCAGCAAGGUCGGUUUCCACAGAGCAGUGAAGACACCGCUCAUUUACCAUGAGCUGUUUGGAUGUUAUGUACCCAGCCUAUGGACAUUACGCACCGUACGCACCGACUGCUUUUAUCAAUAGCUUACAGGCUCCCACUGCUCUGAGCAGCACUUCUCCUCUCUGCCGGGAUUUUAUGGACACUCCCAGGGGUCCCGAGGGGAUGUCUGGGGGCCCAGGCGCUGGAGGAUCAACUUCCUCUUCAUCUUCAUCCAACUCUUCCUCUUCCUCCUUCACGCCUGUGGCUUCACGGCAAGAGGAGGGCCCCAAGGAGAAGCAGGAGCCCCCUGAGGCAGAGUACCUGACUUCUCGCUGUGUUCUCUUCAGCUACUACCAGGGGGACAUCAGCAGCGUGGUGGACGAGCACUUCUCCAGGGCCCUCAGCUCCUACAUGGAUGGAGAGGGCAAACGGCGGGCAGCAGACCAACCAGGCACAGAUACUCCGUCGCCUAGCAGGAGUCGACGAAGCUUCCCCCCAUCCUUCUGGGACAGUAACUACUCCCCGCCUCAGAGCCGCUCCCACUGUGAGACGGGUGUGCCUUCCUAUUCCAUGGACCCAUACGCCUCAACGUUACACCCAGGGCUGCCACACCCACACGCUCAUCCCCACCCACACGCUCAUCCUCACUCGCAUCAUCACCCACCAGAGAGCUGGGGAUACCCCCAGGCCCAAGCCUACGGCCACCCAAGGCCACUGCAUGAACUGUAUUCACCGUCAGCUUUGGACCCCCACUACGGGCCCCUGCUCAUGCCCACAGUGAGGCCGCCUCAUCCCCUUACCUUGCAAAGCCACUAUGAAGUUAGCAAGCUGGACCCCACUGCCUCCUGGCCCAGCCUGCUUCCACCAGGAGACCUCAGCCAGACGCUGGCCCUCAACAUGGAUGCAGGCCUCCAGCAGCACAAGAAAGGCAAGGAGCUGUAUUGGUUCUAACGAGCCCCUCAGUCACAUUGACCAGCCAUUACCAGAUCCAAUUAGUCCCUGGACCUGCUCCGCUAUUGAAGCAGCGUGUCCCUUUAUCCCCCCCACACACUCCAUCCCCGUCUAUCCACCCCCUUCUCUCUGCUCCUGGCGUCCCCUGCCAGUAUACAGCCUUGCUCCAGGUCGACGUGUGUGCACCAUGGAGAUAAAGCAGAGAGAGGCAGAGAGAGACCGAGUGGCUAUAAUCUGUGCUGCUGUUCUCUCUCUUCAGCAUCUCUCUUCCUCCCUCUCUCCUGAUGCUGCCGGUGCAGCACAGGCCUUGGCAAGGUGUGAGCCACAGUGACCUGUUUGGACUGAGACAGACAUGAUCACAACAGACUUUUGCAGAGGACAGAGAGAUAGAGGGAUGAGUGGAGGGACAGGAGGAUGAAAAGCAUCAAGCAGGGAUUCCCUCCAACGUCCCUGGUUAUCUUGGUUUCAUGCUCUUUGUUGGUACAGUAGUUGUCAUCGUCCACUUAUCUGCAUUUGUGAAUGUCAUCAUGACACAUUUGUUGGUUGUUAUUAUUAUUUGCUCUAUUAAGUGUUUCUAUUUAUUGGUGUUUAUGUGUAUUUCAAAAAAUGUUUGGUUAGGCCAGUGUUUUAAAAUAUGGUGUUAUUGUGUUUUCUAAAGAGAGAUAAGAUGACCAUACCAUUUGUUUCGGGUGGACUUUCUCAUUUAUCCAUGAAGGAAUCUUUUGUGGAGAAUAAAGGUCAUUUUUGGAAAAAAAACUAAAAUGUGUUCACUUAUACAAGUAUUUGUUUGCUCCUAACAGACUCAAAGCUUGUGUUUGUUCAAUUUGAUGAAAAUGUUCUUUUUUUAGUUCUUCAUUUCUCGGUGUCAUUCUUAGAUGUUAUGAAUUUAGGAUUUCUGAAUAUUUCUGGGACAUUUCUUUGUGUGUCAUUUCUCAUUUGUCCAAGAAGAUUGUGAUAUCAAUAAAUAUUU